AUGAGUGUGGAGAGUGAUGACAUGAGAAGCACACGCACACGCUCCAAGGGAAUCAGAGUUCCCACCGAGCUCAUUGGACAAGAGCUGAGCUGCCCCACCCCUGGAUGCUCUGGCCACAUCAGUGGGAGAUAUUCACAACACAGAAGUGUGCUGGGCUGCCCAUUGGUCAGGAAGAGACGUCUGGCGGAUGCUGAGGCAGAGCAGGAGCAGCCAUCUUCUAAAAGGAAGUCCCACCCUCUAAAGCUGGCCAUGGAUGAGGGCUUCAGCGUGGACAGUGAUGGGAGCAGCGAGGAGGAGGUGGAGGGGGAGGCCAGGGAGGAGGAGGUGGAGGGGGAGGCCAGGGAGGAGGAGGUGGAGGGGAAGGGGGAGGCCAGGGAGGAGGAGGUGGAGGGGGAGGCCAGGGAGGAGGAAGAGAAGACAGAGGAACAACCACAGGCACAGCAGGAAGAAAAACCAGAGGACGAGCAGGAGGAAGAGGAGGAAGAGGAGGAGAACGUGACAGAGCAGAAAGAGGAGAGCAUAGAUUCAGAUGAAGAAGAAUGCAUGAUCAUUGAGCCAGGAUCCAGUAAAACAACAUGUAAAGCUGAGGAGGGGGAAUGGCCUAAGAGAGCGGACUACUCCAGCUACCAUCAGAUCCUAGCCAACUCUCUACUGUACCUGGGCAGGGUCCCCGACACCGCAGAGACCACCUCACAGGCGCACGUUACCAUGGAGACAGAGAAGGAUAUCACAGCUGUGGAGCACGCCACUGUGGCAGUGGAACACCCAGUAGAGGAGGAUGAGGAGGAAGAGGAGGAAGAGGAGGAGGAGGAAGAUGAGAUUGAGGAUACUAGGGAGGCUGUGACACAGAGAACCUUUGAGCACCCGUAUUUCACUGGAGACAUUCACCAGCAGCAGGACAAGGCUGAGGAAGACGAGGAGGAGGAAGAGUAUGAAGAGGAGAGGAGAGAAGCAGAGCACCAGCCACAGGAGAUCCUGGAUGAAGAGGAGGAGGAAGAUGACAUUGAGGAGGUGGAUGAGAGAGUGCACCCUGUCGUCCUGCCCACCUCUAACUCCAUUAGCAGCAAUGCAGCAGCUCAGGGACCAGCCACACAAGGGGACAGAACUACAGAGCACUACAUGCCCAAAAGGACCAGCCUCCUAGAAAACUACAACCCCCACAGGACCAGCCCAGGGGAGAACUACAACACCCACGGGACCAGCCUCCUGGAGAACUACAACCCCCACAGGACCAUUCCACUGGAGAACUACAAUCCCCACAGAGUCAGCCCCUUACAGCACUACAUCUCCCAUAAGGCCUCAGCAGCCUCUGACAUAAUCGAGGUGCGCUCAGAGGAUUCGGGGAAGGACUAUGAAGAUGAAGAUGGUGAUGAGGAGGAGGAGGAAGAUGAUAGUUUGUCUCAGAGGUGGACGGAUGAGUCAGAAACGUAUGAUAUGACCCGGGGAAAUCUGGGGCUCCUGGAGCAGGCCAUCGCCCUGAAGGCAGAACAGGUGAAGGGGCCUCGCGACCUCCUCCUCCUCCGUCACCCCGCUGUCACCCCGGAGCUCCACCACCGCUACUUCAGCAUGGACGACCGGCCCAAACACCUGAACGCCAUGCGCAACAGCUGCUUCAGCAGCAAAGAGGGAAGCAGGCCAGAGAAGAGGGAGAUCAAAUGCCCCACCCCUGGCUGUGACGGGACUGGUCAUGUUACUGGACUCUACCCCCACCACCGCAGCCUGUCUGGUUGUCCACACAAGGACAGGAUCCCUCCUGAGAUCCUGGCCAUGCAUGAGAACGUGCUGAAGUGUCCUACUCCAGGCUGCACUGGACAGGGUCAUGUUAACAGCAACCGUAACACCCACCGCAGUUUGUCAGGAUGCCCCAUCGCAGCCGCAGAGAAGCUGUCCAAGAGCCUCAACCUUGACAAGCAGCAUCUCUCCCAGCCAAUCAGAGAGCACCUCAAAGAAAGUCCCAACAACAAUGACCGAGUCCUGAGGCCCAUGUGUUUUGUGAAGCAACUGGAGGUGCCUCAUUAUAGGCAGUACAGGCCCAACAUGAUACCCGCCACGCCUCGUGCCAGCCUGGCCAAAGAGCUGGAGAAGUACUCCAAGGUCUCCUUUGAUUAUGCAAGCUUCGACUGUCAGGUGUUUGGAAAGCGUGUGCUUGCAUCAAAUAUACCGACCAGCGAAACCUCACCCAAAGCCUUCAAAUCUAAAGUCUCGUCCCCAAAGUCUUCUUCUCCUAGCCUCAGCCUGCAUGGAGGUUAUGGAAAGACAGCCUCCUCUUCUGCCUACGACUACUCCCAUGAAGCCCAGGCAGCCCACAUGGCCGCUACAGCCAUCCUCAACCUGUCCACGCGCUGCUGGGAGAGGCCUGAGAACCUGAGCACCAAGCACCAGGACCUGGCCAGCAAGGACAUCGGGGUGGAUGAAAAUGGCACUCUGGACCUGAGCAUGAAGAAGCCCGUCAAACGAGAGGGUACCAGCCCAGGGUUGUGUUCCCCGGACCCCUCCUCCUCCUCUUCCUCCCUGCACCACGGAGGCAGCAGCGGCAUGACCUCGCCCCACACAGGCCACAUCUACAAACAGGAACAGUGGGAGGAGCCUCUGGACUACACGAAACCCAACCGCCAGCGAGAGGAGGAUGUAGAGGAGCUGGAGCACCACACAGCGCGGUCGUUUGCCUCGUCCGACCCUGAGGACAUGGACCUGAUGCAGGACUACCCCCAGGAGAGGAAGUACCCUGGAGAGGUCACGACCCCAAACUUCAAGGUCCAGUUCCAACAACCCAAGGACUGCAAGAAAGACCUGCUCCUGUGCCCCACUCCUGGCUGUGACGGCAGUGGCCACAUCACUGGAAACUAUGCAUCCCAUCGCAGUCUGUCUGGCUGUCCUCUUGCUGAUAAGAGUCUUCGUUCCCUCAUGGCGGCCCACUCUGCUGAGCUCAAGUGCCCCACUCCAGGAUGUGAUGGUUCAGGACAUAACACUGGAAACUACGCCUCCCACAGAAGUUUGUCUGGGUGCCCCCGUGCCAAGAAAGGUGGAUUAAAAACAUCUCCCACCAAGGACGACAAGGAGGACUCCGAGCUCUUAAAAUGCCCCGUGCCAGGCUGUGACAGCCUGGGUCACAUCAGUGGGAAGUACGCCACUCAUCGCAGUGCCUAUGGGUGCCCGCUAGCUGCCCGCAGGCAGAAGGAGGGGAUGCUCAACGGUAACCCAUUCUCCUGGAAGGCCUUCAAGACGGAGGCCCCCAACUGCCCCACCCCCGGCUGUGAUGGAUCAGGACACGCCAACGGCAGCUUCCUCACACACCGCAGUCUCUCUGGCUGUCCCAGAGCCUCCUUUGCCAGAAAGAAAGCCAAGAUCCCUGGAGAUGAAUACCUGAGCACCAAGUUCAGGGCCAGCGACGUUCUGAACAAUGACGAGGACAUCAAGCAUCUCAACAAGGAGAUCAAGGAGCUCAACGAGACCAACAACGAGAUGGAGACAGACAUGGUGAACCUGCAAACACAGAUCUCAUCCAUGGAGAAGAACCUGAAGAACAUUGAGGUGGAGAACAAGCUGAUUGAGGAGCAGAACGAGACGCUCUUCAUGGAGCUAUCUGGCCUCAGCCAUGCCCUGAUCCGCAGCCUGGCCAACAUCCGCAUCCCACACAUGCAGGAGCCAAUCACUGAGCAGAAUUUCGACAGAUACGUGAGCACCCUGACUGACAUGUACACCAACAAGGAGUGCUUCCAGAACCCGGAGAACAAGGCUCUGCUGGAGAGCAUCAACAAGGCUGUGAAGAGCAUCAAGGUGUGAAAACCUCCACGAGGAAGAAGAGUGAAAACACCUAAAAGGAGAGAGUUGGCGUCAAGAGACUAGAGUAUAUUUAAAGAGAAUACGAAUACAAAAAGGGCAUUCAGGUUUUAUAAAUGGCAACUUAAAUUAAACCCAGGGAGCAUUCUGUAAAGAAGAAAACGUAACUAGGACCAAAAUCCAAACAUGCUGCUGCUGGGAUCGGAAGGAGGAAGUGGAAUGGAACCAAAUCCUUCGGGUUUGAAUUGAUGUUUUGUUUCUUUGUUUUAUGUUACCUUCAUCGUUAUCAUGUAUGUCCUGUUUUGGAGGUAUCUCUGUUUUUGGGGGUAUCUCUUUUUUUGGAGACAUCUCUGUUUUGGAGGCAUCUCUGUUUUGGAGGUAUCUCUGUUUUGGAGGCAUCUCUGUUUUGGAGGUAUCUCUGUUUUGGAGGCAUCUCUGUUUUGGAGGUAUCUCUGUUUUGGAGGUAUCUCUGUUUUGGAGGUAUCUCUGUUUCGGAGGUAUCUCUGUUUCGGAGGUAUCUCUGUUUCGGAGGUAUCUCUGUUUCGGAGUUAUCUUUUUGACUGUCCCAAUUCAUACUGUAAUUCAAGGUUUAGUUCAGCAACAAUUUGGAGAAGAAAGAAAGAAAGAAUGAAGGAUAGAAGUAGUGGUAUGAUGCCAGAUAAGACAGAGGGUAUGACCUGCCGACAUGAGGUGAAGAAAACUGGAAAACUGUCCACAUUGUGUCCCAGAGAAGACACGAAGGCUUCAGAAAUGUUGUUCUGUGGCAGGAUAAGGUGAGAGUGCUUGUGGAUGAGUGGGUAGUGUGUGAUACUGAGCACUACAGCACUCCUAUUGUGUAGAAGUGAAUGGAGAAUCCCUGAACUCUGGGGUCUUCUUGAGCAAUGGUUCAUGUGCUUAGUGUUGUUACUGCAGCAAGAUGUCAACAUGAAUCCAUGUCUUGUCUCAAUUCAGAGGAAAGCAGCUCUUCAAGCGAAGAUUAAGUCACAAAUCACUGGUUUCUUUUUCCUCUUCUGAAAAUCAACAACCUUCUCUAUAUAUCUGCUGGAAGAUCUGAGAGCAACAGAUACAGCCUUCUUUCUUUGAACUGAACGGUGAUGGUAAUGGAGUGCACACUUGUCUAUUCCUGUUAGUUUGUGGUACAAUAUUUAUUGUUAUAGAAAUUAUUUACAUUUGUGAAUACGCAAAUUGUAAUGUAUUGUCAUUUUAUGUGUAUUUAUUUGAUUUGGUCUAUUUAUUUAAAAAAAAAAUUACAUGUAUAUUUAGUAAAUCAAAAAAUGCAACCCUGCUGGUCGAUCAUGGCCAUAAAGAUUUAAAAUAGGGAGUCUUCUAAAUCAAUAUUUAAAAAGCUAUUUAGACAACUGUCCACACUUGAUUAUUUUAUAUAUCUUAUUUUAUUUUAAAUAAUUUGUAAACAUUUUUAAUUGCAAAUAUUUUAUAAAUUACAAUGUUUUGAUAAUUUUAUAAAGGUUUUCUCCUUCAUUUAUGUUAUUUCUUUUAUCUGCAUCUUCAGAUACCCACGGCUUAAAAAGAAAGUAUGUAUUUAUUAUUUAUUUAAUAUUAAAUAUUGAUAUGAUUGUAUAUUUAUUUUGUUAUUUAUGUGUGUGUUGUGAUGGCUGAGUAUCAGUAGUCUUAAAAUCCAUUUCUAAUAUUUAAAUAAAAUUUAAAAAACCAUGCUCAGAAAGAAUAAAUAGAAUAUUGUUUGAUUACAUAGUCUUUCCUAGAUAUAUCAGCAGUUGUAAAAGCAAAAUAACCAACGAAAGAAUGGUGUCAGAGUGGCUUUGUGUCAUCGAUGAUUUAUUUGCUUUUUGUCAGGAAAAAUAAGACGAAGAAAAUAGACAGAUAUAAGGAUCAAAUGUUACCUCUCCAAGCGCUUUGUAGCGGCCAACACUGGCUUACCCAAAACAUUUUUAAUGUACUAUAGAUGUUUUAAUGCCUUUUGAUAAAUUAUUUUUCUCUUUUCAUUAUUUUCUGUCAAUGUGUUGAGCAGAAGCUCCAAAGAGCUCUGUUCCGGAAUGUUCCGUCUAGACUGGAUGUCUGGGUCUAAGACAUUUAAAGGACAUCUUCAAGGAAAAACUAAACUAUCAAGGAGGAUGACCUCUUUGACAAUUUAUAUCACAUCCACUUCUACGCCCUUGUAGCCUUAUUCUAGAUGACAUUUGUUGAUGCACAAAGUGCCACUACCACUCAGUUUCUUUCCUGAUUCUUUGCAUUCUGCAAUGUACGAUGUCUGGUCACAUGACAUGACCAGGGCGUCACAUGACAUGACCGAGAGUUGGGAUUGUUUCAGAUGCCUUUAUUUCUUUGCCAAGAUGGCCAUAAGUACACUAUAUAUACAUUCUGUAUAAAUAGAAUUUAAAAUGCUAUAUAUAUAUAUAUAUAUAUGAAUAGAAACAUACAUAUAUUUUUCCAGUGUAAUUGUUGACUAUUUUUCUCUUGUAUUAGCUUAUCAAAGGAACAGUAGUUGUUUGAGAGUUGUGACGACUAGAGGUGGUUAUGACUGUGGUUUUAAAGAUACUCAACAAAACUGUCAUUGUUUUUUAGGUUUCCUUUUCUUCUCUAUCCUUGAUCCAACCAUGAUGAUGAUAAUAAUAACAAUACAUGGGACUUAUAUAGUGCUUUUUCAAGGACCCAAAGUCGACAUGUUGUAAAUGCUAAUGUCUGUUGUAAUGAAUCUGAAAUGACUGUCGUUUUAACUAAAUGGUUGGCUCUUUGUUCAAGUAUCGUGUGAGUGAGUUCAUGUAUAGAGGACUCUUCAUAGUAGUCACAUUGGCUAUAUUGUGCAGUACUGUGUCGUUAUGAUAAGGUUAUGAUCAUGUCAGCCCACUGAGCGGAGUUUGUAAACACGGAUCACAAUGUUAAAAAGCCAAUAGGGAAAGUGUAGUACUUGCUCUGAGUGAUCUGUUGCAGCUAGUGGGAGACCCUGUGAUAAUAUGAUGAGGUAACCUAGUGGGAG